AUGGUAGCAAUAUCGGAGCUGUUCCAGGACUGUCUCGCCCAGUUCAUCUCAUUAAUCAACCCGGACACGCUCUCCGGUCAUACUGAGGAGGUUCCGCUGCAAGAAUGGAGGGACGAACUGGGCCGAUUUCGCGUGUGGGCAGCAAAUAUCGGUGCUCAUCAGACCCGUCAGUCCUCGCUAGAUUACCGGCUAAGAGAUGCUUCGCAUAUCAAGAGCCAGAUAGUGCGGCUCUUAGAGCGAGUCCAGGAACUACUAGCUGACCUUGAGGAUGUACUCGACGAAAAAAAGAAUGACGAAGCCCAGGACGAUAGGUUUGAAGAUUUGGGAGACACCUCGGAAAACGAGAACUCCACCACAGAGAUCCAAGAAAUUCACCAAGGCCUCGUUGAGACGAUCACCCAACUCUACCAGAUGUCCAUGAUCAUCCGCAGACCAGCACAACACGAUCGGCUGGUCGGAACAGAUAAACUGGAUUCCGAACCCUUCCAAUUUUGGGCUAAGCAGCAUGCCUCCAACAAAUAUCCAAAUGCGGAUGCGCUGGUUAUCGAUCGUAUCAGUUCCGCAAUGGCGAGACAAAGGGCGAUCUUGAAAUACCGUGAACGACACCAUACGAAAUUAAGUCAGGGCAUCAAUUCCGAGCCCGAUGGUAAAUCGACUAUGCUAUCAGAAACAGUGGUGACAGAUGUGUUUAAGGAGACGCCUGGCCAAUUUAGCGACAUGGUCUCCGAUACUGGCAUAUCUGAAACUUCAUACGGAGGCACCCUGCUCGAGGGCACUGGUGCAGAUGCUCCUAAAAUACCACCUAUACCGAAGAAGGGCGCAGAAGAGAGACCCUUUGAGUGUCCCUAUUGCUUUUAUAUCAUCACGGCUCGAGAUAAGAGAGCAUGGGCGCGCCAUAUUUUCCGCGAUUUGAUGCCGUACGUCUGCAUCUUCCCGGGAUGCUCGACGCCCAAUAAGCUCUACGAGGGCCGCCGACAAUGGGGCUCUCUUCCCGCUGCCACGUUUCAGCGACACGUGGGUCAACACCUGGAAGAACUUGCGCUCUUUUUGCUGCCACGAACAGACCCAGACGAAGAUGAAAACGCAGUGAUGGGUGAGGAGAAGGGGGUGGGGAGCAUUGAUGACAAUCUUAGCGGCGCAUCUUUGAACGACUUUUCAGUGGAACAGAGUGUCGAGCAGCGCAACUAUAUAAACAAUGCAGCAACAUCAGCCUCAGAUUCCGAUCCUGGUGAUGACAAUCCAUUGGGAGGACUGCAGAAUAAAAGUAAACAUUACACAUCCUCUGUCGGAACGAACUUGAGCGACAGAGAGUCUCGGUGGGUUCUGGAGUCCAACGUCGAGUACAAAAGCCGCGGUUCAUCGCCCCCUCACAACCACGAAAACGAAUCCGCUAUGAGCCAGAACCUCCUGGAAACGGGCGACUUCCGCCAGGACAUGGAGAUCUGGAAGCAGCAGCAGGGAAUUGAGAGGCUUGAGGGCGAGCUGGAGAAGCACCGUCUAGCUGGAAUAAAAUCAUCUCUCUUUGGCAAGCCUGGACUCAAAAGAUCGGAACCAGACAUGGUCACCAAGAGCAGCAGCCAUCUGCAGAAGCUUGAGGAAGCGGAAAAGGAUGCCGCCGAGAGUGAUAAGCUGAAGGUUAAAAUCCUCGAAGAGAAGUUGAAGGAGAUUUCCAAGCAGCCGGAGGAGCAGAAGGAGCGUGACAAGCACAAGAAUGAGAUUAUCGAGCAGGAGAGAAGUGAGGCCGCUGAGGCUGAAGAAAAGAGGAAAAAGGGACUUGCCAUUGAGGAAUGGAAGCUCGAGCAGGAGCGCAUCAUGCAGAAACAGAAGGAGGAGGCUGAGAAGAAGGAUAACGAGUUCCGUGAGCGUCUGCGCAUCGAAUUCGGAUAUACAGAGGAAGAAAUUAGAGAGCUACUCUACAAGGAGAAAAACGACGUGAAGGAGAAGGAGAAGCACAACGAGCAUGAAGUCCACCGCAAGCACCUGCUCCCCGAAACGUUGCUGGCCUUCGAUCUUCCCUGGGAGUGGGACGAACGCGACAGCAACUACAUCGUCAUCAAGCAAUGGGUCUCCACAGACGUCCAAGACGAGCUCUUCGCCCACACCCGCCGCCUACGCGAGGGCAAGCUGGCCGCCCAGACCUCCAGCUCGACCACCGAACUCAAGGUCAAUGACCGCGAUAAGGACAAAAUGUAUCUAAGGCGGAAGAAUAGCCCCAGGGGAGGAAGGCAACCGAAGGUUUAUAAACGAUGA